UUGAAUCGUUGGUGUAACCCUGCUAACUUUUCCGUCUCGACCGAAAACUUCAUUUUCCAAAUCAACUUGAGAACCAUGCAGCUCGCUUACGCCCUCGUUGGCUUUAUGGCAUCGGCCGUCGCCUCGGUUACCGCCACGGACGCGUGUGGUGACACGCCGAUCCCGACGACACCGGCCCCGACGACGCCCGCCCCGUCGACGCCAGCACCCUUCUCGCUCUGCAAGACGUUGACCGACGGCAAGGUGAUCUACCUCAUGGUCGACAACGGCCGAGGCCUUGGGUACUGCGGCGGCUGCCAAGUUGCCGGCUACAAGUACCCGGCCCGCACUGGCGAGUGGGCCCAACCGGUUCAUAUCCGCAUCGUUCCGGGUGGUAAGAUGGCGCUUCAGAGUGAGUACGGGGCCCAGUACUGGAGCCGCUGCGCCGACUGCAACCCAGUCAACAAGCCCAACCAAGUCGUCUUGCGCUACACUUCGUUUGAUGCGUCCAACACGACCCACUGGUUCUGCGAAGACGUGAGCGACACGCAGGUCCGGUUCAAGGACAUCGAUGGCAACUAUCUGACGCGCGACGCGGAGUAUCCGCCAGCCCUCUUUGGCAACAUCAUCACGAGCUUGCCGUGGAAUGCGACCGCGCCCGCGCCCCAGAAGUGGACCGUCGUGCCCAAGUAACAGUUGGGCACGAGACAUACUGUCCUACCUUAAUCCAUCAUUGACUGGACUUGAAUAAUCGACAUUGAUUCGAGGCUGUCCAUUUGGUGUCUCUAUGCGUCCCAGCUAAGAGCAUCCCCAGCAGUCGUUUUUAUACGUAAAUAUAGCAAUUUUUAAAAACGGACCUCCC